UUGUAAUUAACGGGUUGUGCAUGCAAGGAGGUGAACUGGCCAUUCGCGACAUUGUUUAGAGGAUUCCCCUUGAAUCCGGCAAAGUUGAUAUCCACAGUUUUUAGGGAUUUGUAGGUCAUAUAUCAUACCAAUAAUGAAGCAUUUAAGGUUUUGCGUAUUUUCUCAAAACGACAAAGUUCGUUUAUUUUUAGUCAACAUAAUUGCAUUGUUUUUCUCUUGUUUUGUUUUUCUCUCUGGUGGUCAAACUUAUUCAUUCACCGUAGAAGUGUUAAUAGGGCAGGUUAUGAAAGGAACUUGAGCUGUAUAGCACGUGUGCAUACGCCCAUUCUCCAAGCCAUAAGUCAGUUCUUGCCGUUUUAUCUUGGACCUUCUUUAGAGCGACUUUUCCCGUAAAACUCUGUGAAGAGCAAUAGAAAUCUGGCGUUGUUAUUUAUAAAAUGACUCUCAUUUUACCGGAAGGCACCAUCGAUGAUUUUUUCCUCCUUCAGUCAAAAAUUUGAUUCUAACUUUUCUGAAUAAUCUAACAAAAAGUAGUGAUUAGUAACAAAUUCUCCCACCCAGAAACAAACUCAGUGUAUCGAUACAUGAAAGGAGAAUUUUUAAAAUUAAAAGUAAGAACUUAACGAGUAGAGCAAUAAAGACCAGAAAUGUUCAUUGGCAUAGUAAUAUAAAAUAAAUAAAACUAACAAGUAUUUUAUCAUUUCCAACCAUAGCAUAUCGUACUUUUCUUUUUUUGUACAUAUUUUUAGGUUAAUUUAGUUUUCUGUUGUUUAAGCGCAUCAGUCAGGUUUUGCUAACGACUUGUUUGACUAAUAAUUAUUCAAAAGCAACGAAGAGACCUUUCUUAAUGAGGUGUGUCUUAAAUAUGUCGCGUCGGAUAAAUCAAGCUAACAAGUAUCUCAUUCACCGAUUUUUCCGUAGGAAAUUCCUCGUCGUAACUUGGCUGAGCGACAUUUUGUGUGCGACGCACCACGUUUUGAUACGUAGCAGUGCUAAGAAACACGACUUUGCGUCAGGUUGGAUUUAAACCACAUAUCAUCAGUUCUUAGGAAAAAAGAGUAAUCUACGCUGGUCUCCGUGGCAGAAGGACGUGACAGGACGGUACGAAGCUACGUUCAGUCACCAACCAAUUUUUUUUAACACAGUCGACGUGCUAGUACAAUAGAGAACAGCCUACAUCAUGAUGGAAGCAAUGAAUCCCGGCAAUCCUGCAGCCGCCAUGGGAGUCGGAAACCCGCAAGCACAAGGCCACCCUUUGGACGACAGCAAGAGUAAGCAGGCGAAAGAGAAAGUUUACCGCCGAAGUUACACUCACGCUAAACCACCUUACUCAUACAUUUCGCUGAUAACAAUGGCCAUCCAACAGUCGCCGAACAAGAUGCUUACGCUCAGCGAAAUUUAUCAGUUUAUCAUGGAUCUGUUUCCGUUCUACAGACAAAACCAGCAGCGGUGGCAGAACUCCAUACGACACAGCCUCUCGUUCAACGACUGCUUCGUGAAAGUUCCUCGAUCGCCAGACAGGCCUGGCAAAGGGAGCUACUGGACACUUCAUCCCGACUGUGGAAACAUGUUCGAGAACGGCUGCUAUCUACGCAGACAGAAACGCUUCAAGGCGGAUAAAAAGCCAAGCCUGAGUGACCUUCCUAAGCCUGGGUUGUUGAGCCCGGUUGUUUCCUCGAUGCAUCAUCAAAAAGUCCAAGGACCCAAGAGUUUAGGAGCACCCAGCUUUCUUGCACCGUCUCCCUACAGUGCUAUGAGCGCAAUGGGCGCCAUGGGAGCUAUGGGAAUGGGAGCAAUGGGCUCAAUGUCUAUGAACAAAUCAUUUAAUCAUCCAUUCGCCAUCAAGAACAUCAUCGCCUCCGACCACGAAGCCGACCUCAGAGGCUUCGAUCCAAUGCACUUUAGCCCGUAUCAUCCCGCAGGAAUGUCUUCAUCCAUGUCUUCUCUAGGACUACCAAAACCUUACGACACUAACCCUAUUACGACAGAGCCCAGUCCGUAUUACCAGGGCUGUGUGUUUACACCGUCUAGUUGCGCGGGAAUAGCAGGGUUUUCAAACAUUUCAUAAACUGAUAAAUGAACCAUUCAGGGAUGUCGGACGCUUAAAUUAUGUACUAUUUCAGGCGCUCAGGAGCUGCCUUGUAAAUUGAGUUAUCUGUUAUGAUACAGUUUGCCAGUGUAUACGAAUUAAUACUUAAAUUCCAAGGUGAUUUUGUUGAUUAUAUGUCAAAUAGACGUUUUUUUUCCCUGCCAAAGAAGACCAAAACAUUGGAGCAAAUAUAGAAGAAUUCUAUGAAAGUUAAAGAAAAUUAUAAGAAGUGUAAUAUAGCUUGUACCAUUUCAUUCAGUCGUCGUGCUCACUGUGAUUAUAGAGUAUUUUGACGAAAGUAAAUGUAUAAAUCAAAAUAUUUUGAAACUGAAUUAAUCGGAAGACGUGAUCGUUUAAGUUAUGUUUGGGGGCAAUUCAAAAUUAGGAGCAUUUGUUGCAAACUCAGUACGUUAUUGUUUAGUGUUUUUUUGCUGCAUGACAAAAGAUGAGCCAGAAAUUUUCCAAACUACCGAGUUAUUCGGUACAAACUGCUCUUGUGGUUAGCGGUUCGUAUGUCUACUGUGUAUUUAACACUACAUUUACCAUUAUUUAUAUAAGCAGGGAGAGGUUUUGUAAAUUUACAGUCUUGCCCAAAUAGCAGUUGUUGGUUCAACGAAAUAAAUUUUUAACGAAGAG